AUGGCGACAUCAAACCCUUUCAUACUCUUAUCCUUAGUUCUUGCUUUGUUUAUCUUCAUGGAAAUAACCUUGACUACUGCUACCAAUCUCAAGGGACUGAAAAAUUUCACACCAAACAUAGAUCCUAAGGAUCCAAGAGGUGUUCCUUCAACGUCUUUUGUGCCAAAUGGCAAUCCAACGUCUUAUGUACCAAAUGGAAAUCCAUCAUCAUCUGUACCAAAUGGCAAUCCAACGUCUUCUGUACAAAGUUCGAUAGCUAAGCAUUUCACAACAAAUAGGCCAAACACUCCUGGUGCUGUACCAAGUUCUGUAGCUAAGCAUUUCACACCAAAUAAUAAUGAAGAUUCAAGGGAUCCAACAUAUAAUGAUCCAUCGAGGGUUGGAUCUCCAAGGUUGCCAAACAUUCCUGGUUCUAUAUCAAGAUCUGUAGAUAUUAGAUUGACCCCAAAGGAUCGAAGGAGCAAUGAUCCUCCCUCAUUUCCUGACCUGACUUGGCCUGAUGUUGCUAGGUCAUUCAACCGAGAAAGUCCUAAGAAUGGUGGAUCUCCAAAGCUGCCACCAAGCUCUGUAGCUAAGCAUUUCACACCAAAUAGUAAUGAAGAUCCAAGGGAUCCAACAUAUAAUGAUCCAUCGAAAGGUGGAUCUCCAAGGUUGCCAAACGUUCCUGGUUCUGUAUCAAGAUCUGUAGAUAUUAGAUUGACCCCAAAAGAUCGAAGGAGCAAUGAUCCACCCUCAUUUCCUGACCUGACUUGGCCUGAUGUUGCUAGGUCAUUCAACCGAGAAAGUCCUAAGAAUGGUGGAUCUCCAAAGCUGCCAAAGACUCCUGGUUCUGUAUCGCAAUAUUUCACACUAUACAAGCCAAAUACUCCUGGUUCUGUACCAAGCUCUGUAGCUAAGCAUUUCACACCAAAUAGUAAUGAAGAUCCAAGGGAUCCAACUUAUAAUGAUCCAUCAAGGAGUGGUGGAUCUCCAAAGUUGCCAAACAUUCCUAGUUCUGUAUCAAGAUCUGUAGAUAUUAGAUUGACCCCAAAAGAUCGAAGGAGCAAUGAUCCACCCUCAUUUCCUGACCUGACUUGGCCUGAUGUUGCUAGGUCGUUCAACCGAGAAAGUCCUAAGAAUGGUGGAUCUCCAAAGCUGCCAAAGACUCCUGGUUCUGUAUCGCAAUAUUUCACACUAUACAAGCCAAAUACUCCUGGUUUUGUACCAAGCUCUGUAGCUAAGCAUUUCACACCAAAUAGUAAUGAAGAUCCAAGGGAUCCAACAUAUAAUGAUCCAUCAAGGAGUGGUGGAUCUCCAAAGUUGCAAAACAGUACUCCUAGUUCUGUACCAAGAUCUGUAAAUAUCAUAUUGGCCCCAAAGGAUCCAUGGAGCAAUGACCCUCCCUCAUUUCCUGACCUAACUUGGCCUGAUGUUGCUAGGGCAUUCAACCGAGAAAGUUCUAAUACUGUCCCUAGUACUAAACCUUGA